UUUCAAAACACUUCGAAAAUCUUACUUGACAUGAAUUUUCACAUGUCAAAAUUGACAGAAAUAAUGAAAGUUGUCAAAGAAUCACAAAGUUCGUCAAUUUUGGAUUCGUCAGACGAUGAACAAGGCGAAUUAGAUAUGUCACCUUUGACCAUUUCUUGGUUGGAUUUAUCUUCAUUAGGAUGUGAUGAACCUGUUGGGAUUUGUGCAUUGCCAGGUUGCAGAUUUAAAGACAUAUGGAGAAGUCUUGAAAAUGACAUAAAAUGUCUUGUGUCAGAAGGUGUGAAGGAACUUUUUUGUCUGUGUAGUAAAGGUGAACUAAACAAGUACAGAGUUCCAAAGUUAUUAGAAGAGCUUCAAGAUAAUGGCAUUACUGUACAUCAUACACCUUUUCCCGAUGGGCUAGUACCUAGCACCAGUGAUCUGGUCAAAAUCAUUGAUGACCUUAAUGUUUUACUCAUGAAUAGAAGAAAAACUGUUAUACACUGUUAUGGAGGUCUUGGAAGAUCAUGUUUCUUGGCUGCAGCAUUGAUGAUGAAACUUGAUUCCUCACUAGCAGCUGACAAAGGAAUAGAGAUAAUGAGGGAAUUAAGAGGUCCAGCAGCAGUACAAUCUGUCAGGCAAUACAAUUGUCUACAUGAUCUUCGGCAACAGAUAGCAGAUCAUGAAGCAAAAAAGGAAGAAUUGAAAAGAUCAUUAUCUAGAUGACUUUGUAAUAUUGAUUUAUUCUAAGCAAGAAAUUGAACCUUCUAUAUCUAAAUGAUGUAUUUGUAAGACUGUUUUAGUUGCCUGAAGGUAGUUCAGAGGGACUAUUAGAUGACCCCUGGGUUCAAUUUCUGUGUCAUUAGCCAUUUUAUAUGUCAAGUUCAGUUGUCAGAUACUGAGGGACUUUCAAUCAUAUUCUGAAAAUUCAGAAAUUUUACAAUGUUAAUUUUGCAAAGAUUGGGACAGAAUUUGUUUUGCAUUUAAACUUUUGAUAGCAUAAAUUGUAUGCAGCAUUUCCUAAAAUUUCAAAAAUUAAUCUUGCAUUUGUGUCCAGUUUUCAGCAAUCACAAUAAUAAAUGCACACAUCAAUUUCUGAAUUUACAGUAGCUUGGUGUCAAGAUAAAUAAAAUGCAUCUGUUUAAUUCUAUAAAGCCAAAAUAUCACAAAACAACUGAUUUGGUAGGUGCAAAUCAUUUUGGAUCUUUCAAGUGAUUCGGUCCUUCAAAAAAGUUGAAUAUGUUUUAUCCACUUGAAUGGCUAAUUUUUACUAUGAAACAUGUGUACAUAGACUAUCUUUUAAAAGAAAAUCCUUUAUUUUAUCCUAAUCUUCAGAAAUAUACUGCUGUUUGUCUUCCUGUACUCUCAUUUGCAGACAGCUUUUCCCAAAUUCAGUAACCAGUUUACCUCAAAGUUUAUUUUACUAGAUAUGUAAUUAUCUCAUUUUUGUCUUUUUCUCACUUAAAUUAAAUUCCACUUGGACUGUUUUAUUAUAAGGUUUAUCAAGCUAAUGUGGUGACAGUGCAGACUUUUGUAUUGUAGAUUACUAUGUUUUAUGAUUGUUUUUCAUAUUAUGUAAUGCAAUGUGUUAAUUUAAAAAUAUGGAAUUUAUUGUAUGCAUAACUUGGUAAAAGUAUAAGUCUAUUAUUUGCUGUCUGUCUUUACAAAAUAAUUACUGCUAAUGUACAAUGUUUGUAUAACCAGUAACUAAUCUAUUAUCCAUUGUUUGUAUGUGUUUUGAUGAUAAGUUUUUCUUGUUAUGAUAAUACAUGUAUAUAAAUAUGUAAUUGUUAUGGAUGGAAAGAAGAAGACAGUAAUUUUUUUUUAUAAUCUAUAACCAUACAGUUUAUGUUUAUUGAAUUCAUAAUUUUAUUGAAUUUAAAAGGUAUUCAUUUGGUCUCUAGUAGAAAGUUGUAUCAUUGGCAAUCAUACCAAAUCUUCUUUUUUUUAUUUUCAAAUGUGAUUAUAUGAGGAAAAAACUUUGUCAAACCUUUGAAUUUUAGGGAACAUAGACAGAUACUUCUUCAUGGUCAAGAAAGAGACAGCAUAAUUUUUUUUUCUGUUUUUUUUCCCCCAGAUAACUGAAUUCAGUAUUUUAUUUUUAAAUGGACUUUUCAGCUGACUUGUCCUUUGAGUACUUCAUAGUUUCCCUUCUUUCCCUCAGUUUGUUUAUUGGAAUUGUCAUACAAUCCACCCAUAUUAUUUGCCCUUUUCAUACAUAAUGUCCUUCCAAGUUAUCUAACAUCUCUCUUGAUAUGCUCUGUGGUUAUCUAAAUGUUUGUAUUAACAGAGAUAUUGUCCGACAUUUAUGACAGUAGUUGUAAAAUUCUUCACCAGAUAAAACUUUUUUGAUAUUACCCUUCAUCAAUGUUUUUACCUGCGUCUCCUAAGAUAGUUUGAAAUCUUAUAAUACUCAUUGUAAAAGGAAAUUUUUGUGAAUGUUUUUUUUACUUCAGUGAAAGGGAAUGAUCAGCUACGCUCCAGUAUACAUGUUACCUCAAUCAAUUGCAUGCAGUGACACAGGUUCAGACCUGGUGUUGAUCUGGUUCAAUUUACAGAUGUAGCAUGGUCAGCAUCUAGCAAAGAAAUCCACUCAAAACUAGGGGCUGUCUAGAACUUGCAGUGAGGUGAGAAUUGAAAAUAGCUCCAUGGUGAAGGCCUCACUGUGACUUUCAGAUUUUUACAGGAGUUUGCCCAAUGUCCGCCGACCAUGGGAAUGACUGUAAUUAUGGGAACUUUGUUUGGGAGACUUCGUAACAGCAUCCUUUUACAAUCAUUUCUUGUUUUGUCCCUGAAAUUGCAAAUGUAAUAAAAUUCUUCAACCCUUUCAAAA